GUUUUUUUGUUGAAAAAAAUAAAUUUAAUCGAUUAGAAUUAUUAUUUAUAAAUCAAAAUUAUUUUUAUUUCACUCGAUUUCAUUUUUUAAAAUAAUAUUCAUUUUUUCCAGUUUAUAUUUUAAAUGACUGAUCUUGGAUUUAACAAACAUCAAGUUGCAGAGUAUCGCAAAGCCUUUUCCCAAUUCGAUAAAGAGGGCAAAGGUGAAAUCCCCACGAGUAAUUUAGCCAUGGCUUUGAAGGUUUUAGGCCAUUCGUUUGCUCCAUCAGAUCUUAGGGAGAUGAUUAGAGAAUUUGAUCCCGGAAAUAGUGGCAAAUUGGAUUUCGAUGAUUUCUGUAUGAUAGUUGCCAAAUGGGUUCUAGAUCAGGACACCGGUGCUGAGGAGGAGUUAAGAGAAGCAUUUAGGCUCUAUGAUAAAGAAAGCAAUGGUUACAUCAAAGUUAGUGACUUGAGAGAUCUAUUAAGAGCUAUAGAUGAGAACAUUAGCGAACAAGAAUUGGAUCAAAUGAUAAAAGAAAUCGACUCCGACAGCAGUGGGACUGUUGAUUAUGAUGAAUUCAUGGAGAUGAUGGGAGCUAAAAAGAAAAAUUAAUAUUGCCGUUAAAUCUAGCUAACAUUAAUUAUCAUCUUAUUAUAAAUCGUAUUCCAAUAAAUUAAAUAAUAGUUGUUACCAAUAACUUGUACUAUAAAAGGCCUUGUAUUUAAUUUUUCAAUUAUUUUGAUUUUUCAAAUUCAAAUGUACAUAUAAACAAUUUGCUAGGCAAUAUCUAAAUAUAUAUAUUUUUAAAGUUUUAUACUUUAAAUAUUCUUUGAGAAACUGCUUUUUAAAUUAGACAUAUUUUACUUCAAAAUGUAUUUUUUUUAUAUGAUGG